GCUCUCGCGCUCUGCUCCGCGCUGGCUAUCUGUCCCUUUAAGAGCGAUUUCCCCCCAUUGUCAAGUAGUCGUGAGCAGGAAGGGUGAAACGAAACCAGAGACCGAGCUAGGGGGCCGAGCUGGUAUUUAAAAACACGACGCAGCCGCUCAAUAACGGAACCGCGGUAAUGUUCAUUCUCAGGACAGAGCGCGUCAGGAGAAGGUGAUAGAAAUACGAACUGAAGAAGAAGGGGAGACUCAGUCAAGCAACCUUUGAUGAUUUUAAUUCUUCUAGGCUUUGAAGACAUAUACACAGUCGCAAUGGAAUAAAACAAAACAUCCACGUAUGAAAGACGAAGGCUACACCGAAUUUCACCGCGGUUUCUCAAUUACCUGAGGAAAUGUACAGAAUAGCCUCCAUCAUUGAAAAUGCGUCACAUGUCAGGAUGAUCUUCGUUGGACAUAGACUGCUGAUGGAAAUGAUGUCAUAUAAAAUGAAGGCAAAUUCCGCGCGCAACUGACGUCUAGGGCUUCAUUAUAUCAGAGCAGGUGCGGUGUGUGUGUCCCUGCGACAUUUACCGUUAUACGCGUGUUCUGAAGAUUUAACUGUGAACGUGGCGUGGGCCUACAAGUCUGAUCACAGAGAAGAGAACCGGGAUCUAUAACAACUUGAUGUCAACCUGAGAAAUAAAACAUACUGGGAAAAUGUCAUCUGCAAUUGAAAGGAAGACGAUGGAGGCUAACGAGGAGCCGGUGGACGAGGUGUUACAGAUGCCCCCGUCCCUCCUGAACUGUGGGGGGUGCCAGCAGAGCAUCGGGGACAGGUUCUUCCUGAAAGCCAUUGAGAAGUACUGGCACGAGGACUGUCUGAGCUGUGACCUGUGUGGCUGCAGACUGGGAGAGGUGGGACGAAGACUUUACUACAAACUGGGACGCAAGCUCUGCCGCAGAGACUACCUCAGGCUGUUUGGACAGGACGGGCUGUGUGCUAGCUGUGAGAAGAGGAUCAGAGCGUUUGAGAUGACCAUGCGUGUGAGGGACAAGGUCUACCACCUGGAGUGUUUUAAAUGCGCGGCCUGCCAGAAACACUUCUGUGUCGGCGACCGUUACUUGCUCAUCAACUCAGACAUUGUGUGUGAGCAGGACAUCUUUGAGUGGACCAAACUCAACAACAACAUGGUUUAGUAGUUUCUAGAACACUCUAGAACAUUCUAAAAACACUCUAGAACACCUCAAAAACAUGGGGUAGAACACUCUAGAACAUUCUACAACACUCUAGAACACCUCAAAAACAUGGGGUAGAACACUCUAGAACAUUCUACAACACUCUAGAACACCUCAAAAACAUGGGGUAGAACACUCUAGAACAUUGUAGAAGACCACAACGAUGAGAUGGUUUUGAUUGUGAUCGUGACCUCUCCAUUUGGAAUCAACAGCAUGAUAAAAUAUCUCAAGAUGUACAGCAAGAUAAUCGAUCUCAAACUUUUGGACAAAGGUCGUCACAUACGAGGCUCUCUUGUACCUCUCAAGUCUGUUUAGAUGUUUGAAGAGAGUUGUUUCACCAUUGAUCUGUACUGGAGGCAAAAUGAUGGCUCGAUCCACCAGCGAAGGGAGAAAAGUUUCAUUAUCUUGGGUUCCACCCUUUUAAUGCAAAAUAAGGAAAAUGUAUACAUGCAAUAAUCUAUGUGCUCAUUGGAGAAAUGUCAAUAUUUCUUGCAUCGUGCAGUGUAAUAGAGAUUUGCUCAUAGAGCUAAAUGAUAAGCGGUGUCACUGGAAUUUUUUGUUGUCCAACACUGUUAUUUCACCUCUCUAGAGAAAUAUUUGUUCUGAAUAUAUAUAAAGUGUUCUGUCCAAAAAAAAGGUUGAUUCCAUUCCGAAGUAAUACAUUCUUAAAGUUAAAGUCUGUUUGGGGAGUCCGCAUGUGCCCCCUAGUGGCCAAGGGGAAAGCUUUCAGUAUUAUUUCAAUAGGACUGAAAGAAGUUCAAAAGACAAGUUUCCAAUGUUUUAUUUGUUUUGUUUUUGUAACUUUUGUUUUCUUUCAAUAUGGCUCAAAAACUUUGGGAUAUUUGUUAUUUAUAUCUGUUUAAUUAAACCCUCAUUAAAAUAUGUUACAUUUA